AUGUCGCCAACCGAGGAACCAAGCCACGAUGCUUUGGAUGCGGUGGAUUACGAUCCAAUUGAGCACCUGAAUGCUGUCUUCUCCCAUCCAUCCACCCUGUCCUCCGUUUCCCAGGUCUCCGACGCCCUGCACGAUUGCGAAGAUGAGCUCGACGAUGACAUCGGCAUGUUGGUGGAGGAGCAGGUCACCUCCAAUGCUGAUAGCGUGGAGAGAAUCCAGGCAGCUAAGGCGGACUUGUCAGAGCUGUUCAAAAAGAUUGACGAUGUGCGCGAACGCGCGUUGAAGACGGAGCAAGCCAUUACCGAUAUGACCGCCGACAUCAAGCAAUUGGACAAUGCAAAGAAAAACCUCACGCUUUCCAUGACAGCGCUGAAACGACUACAGAUGCUGACCACAGCAUACGAUCAAUUACAGGCUCUGAGUCGGACGCGGCAAUAUGGAGAUUGUGCGCAGCUGCUCCAGGCUGUCAUUCAGCUCAUGGCCCAUUUCAAGUCGUACCGAUCGAUUGAUCAGAUUGCGAUGCUCAGUCGAAACGUGGCGGAUAUACAGCGAGAUCUUCAAGAGCAGGUAUGCGAGGACUUUGAGAUAGCUUUCGCCAAGGGUGAAGUGGGCUCGAAGCGCGCAAUGCUUGCAGAGGCUUGUCUCGUCGCUGAUGCGCUGGGUGAACAUGCACGGUCUCGACUGGUGACUUGGUACUGCAACACACAACUCCGGGAAUACAGGCAAGUGUUCCGGAACAAUGAGGAGGCCGGAUCCUUAGACAACAUCUCUCGCCGCUAUUCCUGGUUCCGGCGCAUAUUGAAAAUCUACGACGAAGAGAAUGCGGCUAUCUUCCCGGCCUCGUGGAAGGUGAAUGAAAUUCUGGCCAAUGUCUUCUGCGAGGGCACACGUGAUGAUUUCAAGGGCAUCUUGUCUCGGUCUGUCCGCAGCGGACAGACACUCGAUGUCAACUUGCUCCUUUCGUGCUUGCAAGAGACGCUUGAAUUUGAGCAUUCGCUUGAGCGCCGCUUCUCUCCUGCUUCGCGUGCGUCUACCGACACAUUUGCUUCGACCGAGCCGCCCGUGUUCAACCAGUCGAUUUCAGAGGCCUUCGAGCCGUAUCUCAGCGUUUGGGUUGAGGCUCAAGAUAAACAGCUUGCAGCACUGCUUCCCAAGUAUCGACAACAACCACUGAAAGUGCCGGAUGAAGAAUUCAAUUCGCAUAUUGUGAUUUCGUCGUCUACCGAGCUUUUCACCUUCUACCGCCAUUCUUUGCAACAGUGCGCCAAGCUUUCCACUGGAGUCAGUCUGGCAGAACUGGCCAAGGUGUUUGCAAAGUAUCUCGACCAGUAUGCCCAGCAAAUUCUCCUCAACUAUAUCAGUGAACGUCCCACUGGGCACACACCAUCCAGAGUACCCACUAUUGAAGAGCUGGUCUCGGUUCUCAAUACUGCCGACUAUUGCUAUACAACAUGCAAUCAAUUGGAAGAAAAAAUCAGGGGAAGGCUAGACGAGAACUUAAAGCAGUCUGUAGAUCUGCAAAGCCAAGCAGACUCUUUUAUGGGCAUUGCAUCUGCUGCCGUUCGAGGUCUUGUACGACAAGUCGAAGUUGAUCUUGAGCCCUCAUGGCGCGAAAUGCGCAAUACCCCUUGGGCUAAGAUUGAGGCGGUCAGUGAUCAAAGCUCUUACGUGGGCGAAAUGCUUUCUCGGACGAAGGAUAAAGCGGCCGAGAUACUGCAGCUGUUGCACAAGCAGCAAUAUGCGCGUGCUUUCAGUGAUCAUCUGGUAGAGCUCAUUUCAAGUCAGUUCAUUGGCAAUGUCUUCCAAUGCAGGCCGGUUCCGGAGACUGGAGCUGAACAGAUGCUUCUCGACUCCUACACCCUGAAGAGUGGCCUUUCAUCCCUGCUCCCUGCUCCCGCUCCCGCCGGGUUCGUUAAACGGGUUAACAUGAGCUUCUCCAAAAUCGAGACUCUCCUUAAAACCCUCCAAGUCCGCCCAUCACCCCCGGAGGCUCUUGUUCAAGCGUAUCUCAUUCAUAUUGGUGACAGCAACAACACCAACUUCCGCAAAAUUCUCGAUCUUAAGGGCAUCCGCAACCGCCAGGAACAGAACCACCUUGUUGAGCUGUUCCAGCUUCACCGUGCAUCAGAUCGCUAUGCAUCCAGCUUACAGCAAAGCAAUCCGAUUCUUGCCGCUCUCCAGGGACCAGCAGCCACCACCACCGGCACUGGCUCGGUAUCACAGGGCCUAGGUCUCGGCAGCGCCGCCGCAUCCAUGCCCUCCCGAUUUGACGCCUCCAUGCUCGGAUCGGCCAUCAUGUCUGCUGCUAAAGAUGGGGUUGACCGCUUCGGAAACCCGAGUUUGAGUAACUUAGGUUCCGGUGUGGCUGGCGCCACUGGGGUCUCGUCCAUAUCGGGCAUGACUAGCCCGUCUGGCGCAUCGUCCCCUGGCCCCAUGGGUUCCACCUUCCAACCAAACCACGCUCACACACCGUCCGAAAGUGCCACAGGAAACCUCAAUGAAAACUUGAAGAACAUAGGUAAAUUCUUCCGCCGCGACCUGGGUGGCUUUGGGGGCCGGUUUGGGCGGAGCACUGAGGAUGGAGCUUAG